UAGAGGUGAACUGACAAGGAUUUCUAAAGCUGUCAUGAUCUUGAAUGGACAAGUAAAGGGGAAUGUGAAAGAUUUUAACAUUUGUACUUUGGAUUUCUUCAGGGUUGCAUUAUUUAAAAAAUUUCCUGUCUUCAAAUGGCACCCUGGAUCGUAUGAGGCCAAAGACGAUGGCAGAUGCUGGAAUCUAGAACAAAACAGAAUGCUGGAAGGGAAAGAUUGCCAGUACAUAACACUCUUUAGGUUUUUUUGUUCUCUGAAUAAAUGCACUUGUCAUGAACACUGUACAUCUGCAACCUGAAAUUCAAGUUCGUAAAGGCAAGACCAUUUCCAGGCAUGAGUUUUUGUCAUUGUUAAGAACAUACAAUUGUUUUCAUGAAGAUAAGAGGAAUUUUCAACUGUCAUUUUAUGAGAGCAAUGGAAAAAUUGUCUUGGAAGGGCUAUUGGAUAUUUCCUGGAGUGUAAAACAACCAAUAAGGUUACAGGUCAAUGAUGAGAAAUCCAGAUUACCAUCAAAGUCUGCUCAAACUCCUGACCCUGUGAUGAACAAAAGAGGAAUGACACGAUGGGGAGAGUUUGAUAAUUUGUACAACAUUACAGAACUGGAAGAGGAGGCAGAAGUUGAGGAAGAGCAGGCCGCUAAGGAGCUGGUAUAUGAAACCAGUACAUUAAAGCCAAAACGAACACAAGAAGGUAGCACCUUAAUACGUACCAGGAGUGAUGUGUCGUUGGUGUCAAUGAGGGUAAAGAACCAAGCAGUGGCUACAGCACGGAAAGCUAAACACCAUCGCUUCUCCAUUAAUGGCCAUUUUUACAACUAUGAGACAUCUAUUUUCAUACCAACCGAAGGUUCAGUAACCAGUGUGAGAAUCAACAGCACACUGACAACCAAGGAGGUCAUAACACUACUCCUACAAAAGUUUAAGGUAGAAAACGAUCCCAAUGAUUUUGCACUGUACGUUGUUCAUGCCAGUGAAGAAAAGAAAAAGCUUAAAGACACAGCAUUUCCAUUAUGGGAGAGACUGCUCCAUGGACCAUCUCGCAAAAUAGUAAAACUAUUUUUAAUGGAUAAAGAUGCAGAGGAAAUUAGCACCGAUGUAGCACAAUACAUCAAGUUUGAGCUUCCUCUUUUAUACGCAAUUCUUCAGAAACUAUAUGAGGAAGAGCACAAGUACAUUGAAAAUACUUAUCUACGGUACAGAAUGGAGAAAAAGUCUUUAGUUCAGCAGCUACGAAGACGAAUGAUGGUACGGACAGAAACUUCAGUUUAAUGAAGAAUCCUACCACUGAGAAAAUGGAUGUCAGGAAAUGUCAAACUGCAAAAUUAAUUGCCUAGAUUUUUCUUGAGGCUUGUAAUGGUGCAUUAAUAGCCUCAAUACAUGAACAAUGCAAAAGGAAACUGUACACUAAAUCACAUAUCAUUAGUUACAUUUCUUCAAAUAUUGCAGAGAUGCUUCUGUUGCAGUUCCCAUUUUCUACUCAGUAUCAUCCUCCUUCCUUUUGUCAACUGUCUGAAAAAGAACCAUACUAUUCACAGCCCGCAAUAUCACAUUUACUCUGAGAAUGGCUUUAGACAACAUUUACACACAUCAUUCAGGCUACUGCUCCCAAGCCUCAGCUGUUGCUGAAACCAUCACCCAUAUGUUACCUUUAUACUUGACAUUUCCAAAGCACUGUUGAGCUGCUACCCUCACUCUACUUUCUAUAAUUUUGAGGUUGUUGAAACUGUUUCUUCCUAAGUUCUAAUAUAUACAAAUCCUGUUCAACCUUUGUGCUUGUUUCCUUUCCCACGAUCUUAUUAAAAAUGUCGCUCUUGUUUUCAGCUGCCUCCAGGACUUUCGCCUCUAUAGUGUUGUCCUACUCUAGUUCUGGCCUCUUGCUCAUUCUUGAACUUAGAGAAGAAUGCUAUCAGCCACUUGAAUAAUUUUUAGAGUGACUAGAUGUGAAGAUCUGUUUGGUUACGUUCCAAGAUGUGUUUCUAUGUUUAAUUUCCUUUUCUUCCAAUUCUAUCAUGAUAUGCAAAGAUAUGUGAAAAGGUAUGGUUGUAGUUCCUCUUCCAAAGUUGCCAUUUUUCUUGAAGCUAUGCCUCAUUUUAGAUGGUUAAUCUUAAAACUAAAAACAAAAAAAGAGUAAUAUUGAUUCUAUUAUUUGUUCUUUGAAACAAUUUUAAAUAAAGUUGAAAAUGCAAGAAACUCA